AAUUCCAUCACCAGUGCUUUACUGCGCAGGCGCUAGAAGGCCUCCCCACGGAAGCGGAUAUUUUCCAUGGAGCAUGCGCGUUGUGCUUCGGAAGCCGAAUGUGACGUCAGUCGUGAGUGUCAGCGUUUAGCAGAACCUGGGGACACAGCUUUCUGCAGUAAAGGUGUGGGAAACUACGGAGUCCAUCUACCUGAACUGGAAUAUUCACUUUCUUUCCGCCGAUGCCGUCUGAGUUGAGAAUCUCAAAAGCACAUUUAUCAGCAAGAAUUCCAAACAAACAUUUCAUCAGGGCCUGAGAAUGACUCAAUUCAUUGAGCCUGACUAACAUUACACCAUUUUCAGUGGGGAGAAACUGUAUCUGUGUCCUGUGUAUGGGCGAGGAGUCAGCUGAUCAUCCAAUAUGGAGAGACAUGAUGACACCUGCACCAAGGAGAAACCAUGGAAAUGUGUGGACUGUGGGAAGGGAUUCAAAUACCCAUCCCGGCUGGAAACUCAUCGACACAGUCACACUGGGGAGAGGCCGUACACCUGCUCUAAGUGUGGGAAGGGAUUUACACGGGCUUUUGAUCUUCUGAAACAUGAACGUACUCACACUGGGAUGAGGCCGUUCAUCUGUCCUGAGUGUGGGAAGGGAUUCAGUGACUCAUCCUACCUGCUGACACACCAGCGUUUCCACACUGGGGAGAGGCCAUUCCCCUGCUCUGAGUGUGGCAAGGCAUUCUCUCUCUUAUCAAACCUCCGGGCACACCAACUGGUUCAUACUGAUGAGAGACCUUUCAAGUGUACACAUUGUGAGAAGAGCUUUAAAUGCAAACGUGAAGUGCUGACACAUGAACACAUUCAUACUGGGGAGAGGACAUUUCCUUGCUCCAUGUGUGGGAAACAAUUUCUCCGUUCAAAAAGCCUUCUGAGACAUCAGCGAAUACACGUUGGUGAGAAGUUGUUACCCACUGCCUCGUGGGAAAGCAUUUACACAGUCAGCCCACCCUCUGAGACACCAGCGAGUUCACAAGCGAUUGCAGAGCAGAUAUCUGUUGCUGAUGUUGUUAACAAACCUUCGAUUGAUCCAGCUCCCUGGAGGACUGAGUGAUCCAUGUGAUGGAGGAUUGAUCCAUCCCCUGAAGGACAAGACGGAGAUGCAGUGGUACAGGGAAAUCCGUGCUGCUUAUGGUGUGAUCUGGAGAAGGGUGGCAUCGUGUAACUUUAAACGCCAGAAGUACAGACAGAGAGAGAAAGAAAGAGAGAGACGUUGUAAGUUUAAUUCAUUGCAAUUAAUUAAUUCAUUCAAAGUGUGUGCCAUUGCAGACAGAACUGGGGGCACACACACAGUGACAUACGAGGCUCAAAACCAGAUUUAUGGGCAUGCAUACACAUUGACAGAGAGAUACACAGACAGGUCACACCAACACACCGAGACAGCAACACAGACAUAGACAGAGAAAUAGCAACAAACACGGGCUCUCUCAAAAACAUCCAUCUGGAGAUACAUUGAAACAUACUAUCCCUCAGUAUAUUGUUAGGGUUGAUGUGUUUAAUAAACUCAAGUUCAUUUGUACAAUAACUAGUGUUAAUUUGUAUAAUACAUCUGUGGUAAUCACUAUUUGUUUGUAAAAUGGAUUGAUUCAUUUUUGAAAUUGUCAGAAACUAAUUAGAAGUAAACUUGCUGACUUGUUCAUUUCAGAGCACUUAUAUGUUGUGUUGAUCUGUGUGAAAAUCAUGUAUUCUCUUGUGAAAUAAAUGUUCAUUAAUAGCA